UCAAAUUCUAACCGCAAAAUCCGAAACCACCGAUAACCUUGAGGGCUGCAACGAUAUGAACAUUAGUUUCAUGUCCGCGGUAUUAUGUGGGUUUCGACGCGCGUGCUUAAUUGCAAACUAUUCAACAAUAUCUAAGACUUUUGUAGCAUCAACAAAAUGUUUAGUCACCCCAUUUAAAACAUUUUCACUACCGAUUCCCUGCAGAUUCUAUGGGCAUGGUGUACCAUUAACCAAAACAAUGAUCGAAGAUCGAGUGAUGCUCGUGUUAAGACUCUACGAUAAAAUCGAUCCGUACAAAAUAACACUAAAUUCUAGAUUCAAUGAAGACUUUGGAAUAGACAGUUUAGAUCAUGUAGAGCUUGUCAUGGCAAUAGAAGAAGAGUUCGGUAUUGAAAUUCCCGAUAUGGAUUCUCAACGUUUUUUCUCGCCUCAAGAUAUCAUCCAGUAUCUAUGUGAUCGGCACGAUAUCUAUGAUUAGUGGUGAUAGUUCCAAACACUUGUUUGAUGUAAUUAGUAUCAGUAUUCAAAAUAAACCUUGAUGCACACAUAGUUUUUCUGUUUGUUUUUUGCUUAUGUUUUAAUUCGCAAACUCUUGGUUUAGGUGUUCUGAUUGACGGUGAUGUCUUCGCAAUCUGAAGAUGACGAGUUGACAUUCGAUAUCGAUGAAGUGAUGGCUGCCAAACGUAAUAAUCCUGGUAUGUUUGUCAGUGCUUGGCAGGCAGAUGAAAAUGAUAUUAAUCUGUGGACAAAUGAUCAAAUAAAAGGUGAUCCAAAGAAACAAUUUAUUGUCGCAGCAGAAAACAAUGAUCUAUCUACUAUCCAUCGCCUUAUUGAGUCAGCUAAGCAAAAAGAUGUUGAAGGGGUGGUGGAGUUAAAAGAAUUGUUAUCAGCUAAAGAUCAAGAUGGUUAUACGGCAUUGCAUCGUGCAGCAUAUGGAGGACAUGUAGAAGUUUUACAGUAUCUAAUGAAAUACGGAGCAAACAUAAACAAUAGAACAGAAGAUGGAUGGACACCAUUACACAGUGCCGCAUUCUGGAAUAAAUUAUCUUGUGUUCAAUUACUUAUUGCAGCUGGUGCAGAUUUAAGUGCUCUUACAAAUAGUGGACAAACCGCUUUACAUUUAGCUGUUUCAAACAACCAAGGACCCGAGACAUUAUAUUUAUUAAUGGCUCAACCUGGUGCACCAGUUUAUGGCGUACGCAAUAAAUUAGGCGAUGAAGUCGCUGAUAUUAUCAAAAGAAAUACACCUUAUGGGGAUGUUUGUUAUGCAUUCAGUGAACCAGUAACUAAUUUGUUGUGAAAAAUAUAAAUGAUCCACUUUUUUCCCUAUAUUUUGUAGUGACUUUUGUAUAACCUUGUCUUUGGGGUUUUCGACCGGUUGUUUUUUAGAUUAAGUUGACUUAUAUAUAAAAAGAUAAGUAGCUCAUGUAUAUACUUCUGGUAUUUUCGUAAUGUCAUUCAAUUCAGACAGAGCAGUUCUGUUACAUUAGGCGUAUCUUAUUCGCAUGUCACUGUAAGCCCAACCACGUAGUUAUUUCCUCACACUUCAACUAAAGACCGAUUAUGAGCACCGUUUAAGGUUGAGAAAAUACAUUCUAUCAAAUACAGAGUGUAAAAAUGAUGAAUCAGAUAUUUAUUGUCCUGCAACACCAACCAAUCACCAUUUACCUUCGCCAACGCAUCAAGUGUUGUAAUCUUUAAGGCCCUGGUACGGCUGAGAGUGGGGAGAGUCCGCUCUCCCUCUCGAAAUGCUGUCACAUGGCCACGCGUAUAUAGCCUCUACUAGGGAAGUCCUACUCACUGCCUUCUCGUGGUGGGGGUGUCGUUUACGAAAUUGAGAGGACGAAAAGCGAAUGUCCGGCGCUUUAACC